UUUUUUUUUUUUAAAGAAGGAAAAUAGCGUACUGAGGUUAUACAGUAUUAUUGGUUGUAAUUCCACGGUUUCACCAGCAGAGGGCACUGCCUCAGUACCCCUGCCUGCCGCCAGGGGCGCCGCCUCCCCUGCGCUUCCGGCGGCCCGCCGCUGGGGGGCGCUGCCUCCCCGGCUCCUCUUGGGGGUCUGAUGACAGGAUGGCGGAGGCCGGGGAACCGGAGUCCAUCGCGGCCCGGUGCCCGGACGAGUCGUCGGAUAGCGAGCCGGAGCAGGAGCCCGGAUCUCCGCAGAAACUCAUCCGGAAAGUGUCGACGUCCGGUCAGAUCCGCAGCAAGACGGUGCUGAGGGAGGGCACGCUGCUGAAGCAAACCAGCUCCUUCCAGCGCUGGAAGAGACGCUACUUCAAGCUGAGAGGGAGGACGCUGUACUACGCCCAGACCGGCAAGUCCAUCAUCUUCGACGAGGUGGACCUGACGGACGCCAGCGUGGCCGAGUCCAGCACCAAGAACGUCAACAACAGCUUCACCGUGAUCACGCCCUGCAGGCGCCUCAUUCUCUGUGCAGACAACAGGAAGGAGAUGGAGGAGUGGAUGGCGGCGCUGCGCAGUGCUCAGAACAGACAGAACUAUGAGUCCACCCAGUACAGCAUGGACCACUUCAGCGGGAUGCACAACUGGUACGCCUGCUCCCACGCCAGACCCACGUACUGCAACGUGUGCAGGGAGGCGCUGUCCGGAGUCACGUCUCACGGGCUGUCCUGUGAAGUGUGUAAAUUUAAAGCUCAUAAGCGGUGUGCAGUCCGAGCCACCAACAACUGUAAGUGGACGACUCUAGCUUCUAUCGGGAAGGACAUCAUCGAGGACGAGGACGGGGUGUCCAUGCCUCACCAGUGGUUGGAGGGGAACCUGCCCGUGUCGGCUAAGUGCAGCGUGUGUGAUAAGACGUGCGGCAGUGUCCUCCGGCUGCAGGACUGGAGGUGUCUCUGGUGCAAAGCCAUGGUGCACUCAGCCUGUAAGGAGCAGCUGCCGUCCAAGUGUCCUCUGGGUCAGUGCAAAGUGUCCGUCAUUCCUCCCACGGCGCUCAACAGCAUCGACUCUGACGGUUUCUGGAAGGCGUCCUGUCCUCCGUCCUGCACCAGUCCUCUGCUGGUUUUUGUCAACUCUAAAAGCGGAGACAAUCAGGGCGUGAAGUUCCUGCGGCGCUUCAAACAGCUGCUGAACCCUGCGCAGGUGUUUGACCUGAUGAACGGAGGCCCUCACCUGGGCCUGCGCCUGUUCCAGAGGUUCGACACCUUCAGGAUCCUGGUCUGUGGAGGAGACGGCAGCGUGGGCUGGGUCCUGUCUGAGAUCGAUGCCCUCAUGCUGCAUAAACAGUGCCAGCUGGGGGUUCUUCCUCUGGGGACCGGCAACGAUCUGGCUCGAGUCCUGGGCUGGGGCUCAGCCUGUGAUGACGACACUCAGCUGCCUCAGAUUCUGGAGAAACUGGAGAGAGCCAGCACCAARAUGUUGGACAGGUGGAGCAUCAUGGUCUAUGAGACAAAGUUACCACGGCAACACUCGACCUCCACAGUUACCGAGGACUGCAGUGAGGAUUCUGAGGUCCAGCAGAUCCUCACCUAYGAGGACUCAGUGGCUGCUCACCUGACCAAGAUCCUGACCUCAGACCAGCACUCUGUGGUCAUCUCCUCUGCCAAGGUUCUGUGUGAGACCGUGAAGGACUUUGUGGCUCGAGUUGGGAAAGCUUACGAGAAGAACACGGAGAGUUCAGAGGAGUCUGAGGCCAUGGCCAAGAAGUGCGGCGUUCUGAAGGAAAAACUAGACUCUCUCCUGAAGACUCUUGAUGAGGAGUCCCAGGCUUCAUCAGUCCCGCCCCCAGCUCCUCCUCCCACCAUUGCUGAGGAGCAGGAGGAGUUGGAGGUGGUCAGUCUACCUACUCCUCUCUGUCCUCUCCCUCCCCCCCACGUCUCGCCUACCUCGCCUCCUGUUUCUCCGAGGACCACAGCGCCCAUCUUUAAACCUCGGGAGCAGCUGAUGCUGAGAGCCAACAGUCUGAAGAAGGCCAUCCGACAGAUCAUUGAGCACACGGAGAAAGGUGGGUCACCUGUGUGUCCAGGUGUGACUGCUCUGUGUCCAGGUCAUGGCGUCUGUCCUCCUGUCCAUCAGACCUUCACGGCGCCGUCGUUUGACGAUAAGGUCCUGGAGGUGGUAGCGGUGUUCGGCAGCAUGCAGAUGGCCGUGUCCAGAGUCAUCAACCUGCAACACCACCGCAUUGCCCAGUGUCGGACCGUAAAGAUCACCAUCCUGGGGGACGAAGGUGUCCCGGUCCAGGUGGAUGGGGAGGCCUGGAUCCAGCCUCCUGGUUACAUCAAGAUUAUCCACAAGAACCGGACCCAGACCCUGACCAGAGACCGGGCCUUUGAGAACACCCUGAAGUCCUGGGAAGACAAACAGAAGUGUGAGUUCCCUCGGUCUCAGCCCACCCAGUCCCCCCAAUCCUCUCAACCCGAGACCGUCUCUGAGGACGAGGCGUCUCUGGUCAGCGAGUUCGGUCAGGCAGCCGGAUCCCUGAUCCACAGUAUCCGGGACGUGGCCCAGUCCCACCACAGCAUGGAACAGGAACUGGCUCACGCCGUCAACGCCAGCUCCAAGGCCAUGGACGUGGUCUACGCCAAGAGUCCCGGGGCUCUCAGCUGCAGCUCGGUGCUUCAGAUGGUGGUCAACGUCAAAGCUCUGCUCAGCGAGACGGAGCUGCUCCUGGCCGGGAAGAUGUCCAUGCAGCUGGACCCUCCUCAGCAGGACCAGCUGAACUCAGCUCUGGCUUCUGUGGCUCAGCAGCUGCGUCGGCUGGCCGACGUCCCCUGGUUGUGUCCCGUCAUCGAGCCCCUGGACCCCGAGGGACCGUUGAUGGACUUCUCGAAGCGCAGUCGCAGCGGUAAGUUUCGUCUCGUCCCAAAGUUCAAGAAGGACAAAAACAACAAGAACAAAGAGACGUGUGCCACCCUGUUCCUGCCAGUUCACCAGUGGGGGACUGAAGAGGUUGGGGCUUGGCUGGACAGUCUCUGUCUCUCUGAGUAUAAGGACAUCUUCAUGAGACACGAUGUCCGUGGAGCUGAGCUCAUCCACCUGGAGAGGCGGGACCUGAAGGACCUUGGGGUGACGAAGGUGGGUCACAUGAAGAGGAUCCUGCAGGGCAUCAGGGAGCUGACCAGAACCAGCUGCACCAGCGAGGCCUGACUGAAACCAGCAACGGCUGCCUGCUCUCCUCCUACUUCUGCUGCUACUCGCCACCUCGUCCAGCUGACCUUUGACCUCCUGAACAGAGCCCUGUACUGGACCAGAACCAGGACCAGUUCUCCAGAACCUGGUUCCCAACUGGAGCCAGAACCAGUUAGAUGAUCCGUCAGUGCCUUCACAUCUGACCCAGCAUCCGAGGACCAGAGGAACCUUCAGAUUUGGAUCCAGAGUCCCAGCACCAGACCACAGACCGGAUCUGUUCUUUUAGUUUUAGACUUUUUCUUGAUUUGUUUUUUUAAUCGGCUCAGAUGAAGAUCAGUUGAUCCAUCAGAACCAGGUGGUCCAGGGACUGGAUCAGUGGACCUGCUUCAGGAAGCAGAAUCAGGACUUAAGUGGUCCUUCGUUACCCAGAGACCCAACUGACCCAUCAGAGCCUCUUUCGGUCUUUCCUGUUGGACCAGGACCCAGCAGAACCCUUUAAACAACAGCUCAGAGGAAUUUAGACUUUAAACUUCCCUCACCUGCCUGACACAAGUCAGGUGUCCCAAAACAGGAAGCAGUGUAAAACAGGAAGUGAUGGUAAACAGGAAGUGAUGGUAAACAGGAAGUGAUGUAAAACAGGAAGUGRUGUAAAACAGGRAGYGRUGUAAAACAGGAAGUGAUGUAUCUGAUGGUCAGAUCAUCUGACUAAAACUGCUUCAAGUUAAAGCAAACAGUUGAACAGACCCAGUCCUGACCUGUUGGGUUUGAACACUCGUCAGCUGUCAGGACAGCUGAUGGAACCAGAACCAGCCCAGAUCCCAGACCUGGUCUGUUGAAGCACUGACUGUGAUGUCGGAGUGUCCCUGAACGCACCAGCAGCACUGAUGACCAAUCAGCAUCACUGACAGGAGAUUUAAAUGUUUACUCAAACAUGUUGCCUUAAAGAUGGGUCAGCACCAGACCCACAACCUUCAGCUGUUCCUGGAUCAGUUCUGUGUGGUCCAGCAGGGACUUCCUGUUGAGAGCAGGGACUUCCUGUCAUUGAUCAGGGACUUCCUGUUGAGAGCAGGUACUUCCUGUCAUUGAUCAGGGACUUCCUGUUGAGAGCAGGGACUUCCUGUCAUUGAUCAGGGACUU